AUGAACAAAGAUAAAGCGAAAAAUCCAGAAGCAAAUUUACCACCAGCUAACACGAUGGACAUUGUUCAGGGGUCUCCGUCGACACAUAAAAAAUCGGAUGCACCACUGAACGUUGAAGUGUCACCACUGCGAGACGAGGUAGCGCUACCGAUUCCACGUCCGGAUACGGUCCCACAGCGCAAAUCGUCGAUAAUUUUUCCAUCUGUACAUAGCAAACUAAGCCCCCAGCCACACAUCCAUCAUUCAUCGCAUGAUACUGACUUGCUUUCUCAGCCCUAA